AUGAGUGUAGUAGAUGAUAUGGAGAACCAAAUGCCGGCGAAGCAUCAUCAAGGGAUCGGAAGCAGAGGCGGUGAGCAAGACGGAUUAGGACCAUCGCCUAGGCCGGUGGUACCACCGUUGGUGUACGCUGAAUUUGGCGACGACGACGAGUUGUCGCCGCAGUGGACGUCGUGGCUGAUUCCGAUGUUCGUUGUGGCUAACGUGAUAGUCUUCUUCGCUACUAUGUCCGUCAACAACUGCCCUCAGCAUUCUAAGCACUGUGUCGCCAGGUUCCUCGGGAGAUUCUCCUUCGAGCAUCUCCGGGACAAUCCUCUCUUCGGCCCAUCUUCUCUAACAUUGGAGAAGUUAGGAUCACUUGACUGGUACAGAGUUGUGGAGAAGCAUCAAGCUUGGCGUCUCCUUACAUGUAUAUGGUUACAUGCCGGUGUUAUUCAUCUUGCUAUUAAUAUGCUAAGCAUUGUAUUCAUGGGUACUCGCCUUGAGCAGCAGUUUGGUUUCGUUAGGAUUGGGGUCAUAUACAUAAUGUCAGGAAUGGGAGGAAGCAUACUGUCUUCGUUGUUUAUCAGAAACGAUAUCUCUGUUGGAGCUUCUGGUGCCCUUUUUGGCCUUCUUGGCUCUAUGCUUUCUGAACUUCUCACCAACUGGACCAUAUACUCUAACAAGAUUGCGGCAUUCUUGACGCUUUUGUUUGUCAUUGUGAUAAACCUGGGCAUUGGGAGUCUACCUUACGUUGAUAACUUUGCUCAUGUCGGUGGAUUCUUAACUGGUUUUUUCCUCGGUUUCCUUCUCAUGGCUCGUCCCCAGAUCAAGUGGUUAGAAAGACAGCAUAUGCCACAAGGCAGACGUCUCACAUCCAAGUACAAGCCUUACCAGUACAUACUGUGGCUCCUGUCUCUAGCUCUAUUGAUCGCCGGGUUCGUGGUGGCACUGGUGCUGCUAUUCAAAGGAGAAGAUGGGAAUGAUCACUGCCACUGGUGUCGUUACCUGAGCUGUAUACCCACUUCACGAUGGAGUUGUGAUAGCGUUUGAUGCUAUUCAGGAGGUUGUGUGUGUUUGUGUGACUAUUCUUUCUUUUACCGGGAAAAAUAAAUUGUUUAUAUCAGUCAACUCAUAACGCUUAAGUUGUGACUUGACAUCACUGCAAAUUAUUGAAGUAUUUUUUUUAAUCAGACAAAUGUGGACCCCUGUUGGUACGAGAUCUGUACCGUAGGAUCUAGUCAAAAGAAAAUACA